AUGCUGAGCGCUGACAGGAUGGAGGAGUUUCCAAGUGAGGAAGAGGAGCCCUGGUACGACCAGCAGGACCUGGAGCAGGACCUGCACUUGGCAGCCGAACUGGGGAAGACAUUGCUGGAGCGUAAUAAAGAGCUAGAGGAUUCGCUGCAACAGAUGUACGCAACCAAUGAGGAGCAAGUGCAGGAGAUAGAGUACCUCACGAAACAGCUGGAGAUGUUGCGCCAGAUGAACGAACAGCACGCUAAGGUCUAUGAGCAGCUGGACCUCACAGCACGGGACCUGGAGCUGGCUAAUCAGAAGCUUGUGCUGGAGAGCAAGACAUCCCAGCAGAAGAUACAAUGCCUGACAGAGACCAUCGAGGGGCUGCAGAACCAAGUGGAGGAGCUGCAGAAGCAGGUGGAGGAGCUGCGGAGCUUAGAACAGCUGCGCAUACGGCGGGAGAAAAGGGAGCGGCGCCGAACCAUUCAUACCUUCCCCUGCCUCAAGGAGCUGUGCUUGAGCCCCAGGUAUCACCAUGAAGCCAGGAGAGGGAAAGGCAGGUAUGAAGAUGCGUUCCAGGUCCACAGCUCUUCAAUGGAGCUCAACCAAAACCCUAUGGAGAGGGAGAAUGAGCGUCUCCAGGCCAUGGUGAAUUCCCUUAGGUCCCAAGUCAACCAGGAGAAGCAGCGGAAGGAAAGGGUGGAGCGCGAAUACACUGCCGUCAUCCAGGAGUACUCAGACCUCGAGCAACGGGUGUGCGAGAUGGAAAGCUGCAAACUGCGCAUCAAGGAGUUGGAGGCUGAGCUCCUGGAGCUACAGCAGAUGAAACAAGUCAAGAAGUAUCUUCUUAGCAGAGAAGACAACCUGUCUGAAGCACUUCUGGAGCCAUUAAACAAUGCCCCUGAAGCAGAUUACAUCGACCUCUCAGAGGAAGACGGGAGUAAAACUCACAGUGCAUCCAUGACAGCGUCCCCAAAUCACCCCGUCCGGAAAAGCUGCAGCGACACCGCCCUCAAUGCCAUCGUGGCCAAGGACGCUGUGAGCCGGCACGAAGGCAACUACACACUGCACGCCAACAACGUGCGCAAGCGGGGCAUGUCAAUCCUGAGGGAGGUGGACGAGCAGUACCACGCCCUGCUGGAGAAGUACGAAGAGCUCCUCAGCAAAUGUCGGCAGCACAAGGACAGCGUGCGCCACACCGGAGUCCAGACCUCCCGCCCUAUCUCUCGUGACAGCUCCUUCAGGGACUUCAGGGGAGAGGGUCACGAGCUGGAAGAGCGGAAGACAAUAGAGAAGAGCCUUAGCAAACACGUGGAGGCUGUGGACAAGCGGCUGGAGCAGAGUCAGCCAGAGUACAAGGCCCUUUUCAAGGAGAUCUUCUCACGCAUCCAGAAGACGAAAGCCGACAUCAAUGCCACCAAGGUGAAAAACAAGUCUAGCAAAUGAAUCCCACCGCCAUGGUGUUUCUUUUGCUCCCACAUGCAACCUCAACAACCAGCUCUUCUCUUUUGCUCCACGAAAUAUUGAGCAGCCCUGCUGCCUGGAGGCCUCUCACUUUGUUUUCUUGUAUAGGAAGGGGGCCUACAUGGCUCAAGGGCAAGAAAGUGCCAUGAAGACUCAAGUCACUUUUGUAAGUUAGUGCUCCAAGUGAACCCAGCUGCCAGGGUUUCUGAACCUGCUGGAAAAGCUGUAUAUUGUAGUUCUAGAUUGUUUCAGAAACUUUACAAUGAAUUCCUGCAUGUAUUGCUACAGCAACCAGAAAUCACAAACACCGGAAACCAACCAACUACCCACCCUUUCAGCUUCUCUUCCAGCUACUGUGUUUGAUUAUCUGCAGGCAAAAGCUUGGAUCUCCUGCAGUGUCCUGGAAUGGCAUGGGUGCAGUGUUACAAAAAAGCCAUCAGAACUUCCAGAAACUGCUUCAAAACACUCAGCCCUUCUCUCUCUUUGGUUUACUGCAAAGGACCCACAGUUGUACCUGAGACAUUUUAGUUUGACCUUUCUGUUCCACAAAGGGCCGUAUGUUCUUCCUAUUUAAGCCAUUCUCUUAUCAGCCAGGUUUUUCAGAGAUUUACAAUGCAAACUCAUUGCAACUGGAAAAACUUGAAGAGAACUGUAGAACUGGUUACUGUUAUGUCUUCAUCAGCCUCCCCGGAUAAGUCAGUCUUAGGACUUUAAGCAUAUAGGAUAUCCUUCUUUUACACUCUAGGUGAAUCACAGUCUGGUUGAAUUCAUCUAAUGAUUGAAACUGAUGACCAGGGCUUUCCCAGAAGCCAAACAAGAAGUACUGUUACUGGUUCAGAGAGAUACCCCUCAUCUCUAGGUUUGGGUAUUGGUCCUCUGUGCCUUGCUAUUCAAGAGAUCACCACUGCCCCUCCUAGCAAGCUCUUAAAAUAUGACUUGUCUGGGUUUGCAAAGACAGAUUAGCAGUGACUUACCCGUGGAGGGAUAACAACAAAGCACCACAUUCUUAAAGUGUUAAGAGCAGUGAUUACCAACAACAGUAUUUAUCACACUGUCCCCAGACCUUCACUGUCAAUACUCCUGACUGAGCUGACAGAGAGUUUUCUGCUGACAAUAAUCCAACGUGGCUGAGCUGCCUUUUCCAAAGGUUGUCACCUGCCAUGGAGUUUUAAAUAUUCCAAAUUAAUUUGCCAGCAUCAGAAUCUCUCUACUCUCUUCACAGGCCUCCCCAAUCUCAGGAAUCACCAGUAUCCGUUUCUCAGAAACCAAGAGUGGGCCUUGUUUGGUCAGACAUUUGUAUGUGGCAUCUUGCAGAGCUCAUGAAUAUAUGCAGAUAAACAGCAUUUCCCUAGAGCUUCAGAUACAGACCCAGAGCACUCAGCUGUAGGGGAGGAUCCUGACAGUUGGUAUAAGUUACUGAAGUUAUAAAUUACUGAACAGUAUUCAACAUGCACUUAAGGAAACUUUGGGCUGGACUCUGAUUUCAUUUACACCAGCUUAAAUCCCAAAGUCUGUUUUUCUGGAGUUACACUGGUAUAAAUGAGAUCAGAAUCUGUCUUUUGGUUAUUUUUUAGCAUAAUGUAUCUAAUUUUCUCCCCCCCCCCCCCCAUUGUCUUAUUCUCCAAAUUCGGGACCUGACCCCGUGAGAAGCCAACCGCACUCCGCUCCCACUGAAAUUAGUGAGGAUUGAGGGUGCUCAGCACUUUGCAGGAUCAGUCCCUCUGUCCUUUCUUUUCAAAAAGCUGCCUUCAUUGCAGUUUGCAAAGGUGCAACCUCCAAACCAUCACCACUGCUGCCUCUUAGAUUGGCCUGCCAGAGGGGCCCAGUUCUGCAAAUACCCUCCCCCUUCCUGCCCAAUGCCAAAAGCUUCUCUCUUGCACCCUUGACAUUUUCAGAUGGCCAGUGGCCCCAAACUCAGAAGUAUUAGGAGCCAUACACAUGAUUGUGGCUACCAGUCUGGUAACCGUAUGGAGAACCUUCAUGCCUUAUUUAUUUAUAAUGGAAAGCAGUUGUUAAAAAAAAAAAAGUAAGCAUCAAGUAGAUUUUCUCAGAGAAUUCACCAUGCUCUUUGUUGCCACUGUCAUGAUACUUGGUGUGUUGAUUAUUAAUGUUCCUUUACCUAAAUCUUUAUACUAGGGGACUUUUGAACCUUUGUCUGUUCUAAAGUCAUCUGUUUGUUGCAUCCGUGUGAAGGGGAUCACUAUCACUUUCAGUUUCAAACACUGUAAACUAUGAACCAGCAUCUCAGUUUAAGUGUACAUCAGAUAAAUAUAUUUAAAAAUGCUUUAUUCUCUUCCUAAAUAAAAAGAAACCCCGGUAUUCUGAAAGCUGAAA